AUGAUGAGGGCGCUGGCGAUCGUCCUGGUAUGUUUUGCGACGUGGUCCGACAGGGCGGAUGCUCAGUUUCCCAGAGCCUGUUGCACAGUGGAGGGGAUCACCUCCAAGCAGUGCUGCCCCUCCCUCAGCGGCGACCCCGCCGACCUCUGCGGGACUCUGUCGGGGAGAGGAAACUGCACCAGCGUGAGAGUGGACACCAAGCCAUGGGGCGGACCUUACAGGUUGAGGAACGUCGAUGACAGGGAGAGGUGGCCCACGAAGUUCUUCAACCGAACCUGCAGGUGCUCGGGAAACUUUGCGGGUUACAACUGCGGAGAAUGUAAAUUUGGCUGGACGGGACCCAACUGUGACCAGCGCAAGGCCCCCGUCACGCGCAAGAACAUCCACUCUCUGACCACAGCUGAGCUCCAGGAGUUCCUGGAUGUACUGGACCUCGCCAAGACCACCAUCCACCCCGACUAUGUCAUCGCCACCCAGCACUGGCUCGGCCUGCUAGGGCCCAAUGGCACCCAGCCCCAGUUCAACAACAUCUCCAUCUAUGACUUUUUUGUGUGGCAGCACUAUUACUCCGUCAGAGACACACUCCUAGGCCCGGGUCGGCCGUUCAAGGCAAUCGAUUUCGCCCACAAAGGACCAGCGUUCAUCACCUGGCACAGGUACCACCUACUGCUCCUGGAGAGAGACUUGCAGAAAUUAUCAGGAAACGAAAACUUUGCAGUGCCAUAUUGGAACUUCGCCACGGGGCAGACCGAGUGUGACGUCUGCACCGAUUCUCUCCUGGGGGGCCGCAGUGCGGACGACCCCUCCCUCAUUAGUCCCCGGUCCAGGUUCUCCAGAUGGGGGGUGGUGUGCAACAGCCUGGACGAGUAUAACCGCUUGGUUACCCUCUGCAAUGGGACCAAUGAGGGGUCUUUAAGACGGGGCAUGUCUUCUGAAAGGACCAAUAUGAGCCUGCCCAGCAUGAAUGAUGUCAGGAGCUGCCUCAACCUCAGAGACUUUGACAGCCCUCCCUACUUUACGAACUCCACGUUCAGCUUUAGGAAUGCUCUGGAAGGCUACGACAGGCCAGACGGUCAGCUGGAUGCCUCUGUGGCCAACCUCCACAACCUGGUCCACUCUUUCCUGAACGGAACCAGUGGUCUGUCCCACUCUGCUGCCAACGAUCCCAUCUUUCUGGUGCUCCACGCUUUUACGGAUGCAAUCUUUGAUGAGUGGAUGAAACGGUUCAUUCCGCCAAACUCCAGCUUCCCAGAUGAAAUGGCACCCAUUGGCCACAACAGAGACUACAACAUGGUUCCCUUUUUCCCGCCAGUGACUAAUGAGGAGAUCUAUAUCAGCUCGGAGCAGCUUGGGUACUCCUACGCCAUAGACCUAGAAGACACAGACAGUGCAGCUGCCGUGGUCGUCCUGGGCUCCACGCUGGGCGGGGUCUUCCUGGGCCUCCUGGUUCUGCUGCUCCUGCUGGUGCUGUACUUGCGGCAGCGGAGAAAACGGGGCUUCGAGCCUCUCAUCAAGGCCGAGUUCACCAACAGGAAGUACACAGAGGAAGCUUAG